UACGCACAUACUGUACACACACACAAACACACACACAAACACAUGCACACAGACACGGCAGAGUUAACAGUGCGGAUGAUGGUGGAUGUCAACGUAGGAUUCUGAACACUUUUAUCAUGCCACACAAACUCGCUCUCUUCUGCCUGUUUGCUCUUCAAUCCGUUUCUCUCUCGAGUAUCAUUCAGCUUCCUGCAGUAGUGAAGGUGUUUCGUGGUGAAACCGUCUCACUGACCUGUGAUACAGUGGAGUUUUUUUCAGUAUGUGAUUCAGUCAUCUGGCUUAAAGUGGAUCAUAGAAGUGGAGAGAUGAGCACGGCUCCUGCUGUUCACACUAAUCAGAUCCGGAGUCUGUGCACAGGAUUCAUCUAUAACACGAGUGCGGCCGACGCGGGCGUUUAUUACUGCUCCGUAAAACAUAGCUUCAUCUCCUACAUGGGCAAUGGCUCCACCGUCAUCGUUACAGAACGUCAUUCUCGUCCCAUCGUGAUGCCGUACACUUCAGACCCCGGUGCCGGACCCUCAGUCUCUCUACAGUGUGUGGUGACGGGGGUCGUCCCGGCUGAAGUGAGCGUUUUCUGGGUCGUAGGUGAAUCAGAGAUGACCGGGUGGACGGAGACGGGGUGGACACGCACCAACCACUCGGCUGAAGAAUACACACGCGCUCGUAUCAGCGUUUCCUCCGAGAUCUGGAUGAAGGCUCAGAACGUGGCGUGUGUGGUGGAGGUGGAAGGCAGACGAGUCUCUAAGUCCUUCAAAAAAAGUUCCUGGCAGCUAUGUUCCUGGGUGAUGUAUUUGUGCUCUGCUGUUGCCCUCAUUGUCGUUAUCGUGUUUAUCGUCACUCUUGCUUUCUUAAAGUGGCCAGGACGGUGUUGCGUCCGUACGAGAUCAACCGAAUCUCGCUUCAAUCAACAAAACGGAGGCAGGAGGAGGACAGAGAGAUUCUCCACAACGGAAGUGCAGUACGCAUGUGUGGACCUGAUCAGUAAUGGGCAACGAGGAAGCACCACUUUAAACAGGAACGUGGAAUUAUCUGAAUAAUUUUGCACCAGGCUCGUUCAGGCUCAGAAUGCAGGUAUGGCCUCGUCUUACUUGCAACAGCAAAAACCUCAACAACAAAAGAAAAAAAUAUAGACAAAUGUCACAAAUAAGGUCCAUGAAACCACAGUGAGCUGAAAGCGAGAGUAUGUGAUGUCUCCUGUACACUUCAGCUACGCUCCCAUGAGUCCUGUGUGGUUAGAACAAAGCGAGAUGCAACGCCUCGCAUCAAAGAAGGGGGAGAAGGUCCUCUCAACGGACACCGGCAUGCACCUGCAUAAUACACACACAAACACACAUAUACAGUUAACAUAUGAUCAAAUGUAGUGGCUAAAAUGCAAGACGGCUUUUCCUGUUAGACAAAACCACACACUGUCUUACACGGUCGUCUCCUAUUUAUUUUAUUUUUCCAAAAAAAAAAAAAUUUUUAUUGAAAAUGUUCUUUAGUUGUGUCAGAUAGA